CACAUCCAGUGAAAUAAAUCAGACAAGAUUAUUGGAAAUUAGAAUGUAUGCUCAUUGGUGUCUAACUAAACAUAAAAAGCUUGAUUGAGAUAGGCCGCGGUGUUAACAAACGGAACCUAGUCACAAUAAGUAGAGUUAGUUAGUCUUCUUGAAACACUUUUCAAGAAAAAAGUAGCUACAAGUCAGUUAAAUUAUUAAUCAAAAAUCAGAUGAAAAAAAGUUAAAAACAAUCUCACAGAAUAGCAAGAGAAGAAAAUUUCAGUCAAAGACGAUAUAAAAAAAUAUGUUAUAAGAACCAGAUGUGGACAAGAAAAAUGAAAUUGCAAAUCUUAGUAACAGUGCUUCUGUUUAAAAUUCAUCUUAUUUCAACAAAUUUGAAGUUAUGCGAAGAGGAAAGAAUAUGUAUUAUAGAUCGUAUGGAUCCGACAUACCAAAGCAUGGACACAUCAGAACAGAAUCUUUUAAGACAUUUAUUUUGCAACUACAGCGUUCACUCAAGGCCAGUCAAACACUUGACGCAGCCAGUUCAUGUGAACAUACAAGUAAAUAUUGUGCGACUCGAUUCAGUGAGUGAAAAAGAACAAUCAAUGAGAACGAAACUACACAUUUCCUAUCAAUGGAAAAAUCUUAACUUAGCAUGGAAACGUAAAGAUUAUAAUAAUGUAACAGAAGUUAUCAUGCCAAAGUCAAAGUUAUGGACGCCACCAGUCCAACUGCUUAACGAAGCAAGCCGAAUUCAUGGGGAAAUAUUAGAACCAAAAUUUGAAGAAACGGUCAAAUUAACUUACGAUGGGACUUGCUUAUUAUAUUUUUCUCAAUUCUUCAAAAGUACCUGUGAAAUUGAUGUAAGUAAGUUCCCGUUUGAUGAUCAAACAUGCACCAUUGAUUUUGGUUCUUGGAGCAUGGACAGCACUUUACUAAAAUUGACCGCCUUGAACGGAAGUGCGAUAGGAAAGGAUUAUAAACAAAAUGGUGAAUGGGAAAUGACAAAAGCAACAUUGCGAGAUCUAGAGGAUAAAUACGAAAUUCAAGAAAAGUUUCACAGUAUAAUAAGAUUGGAACUACAUAUUGAAAGAAAACACUUCUUCUUUGUCAUGAACUUAGUCGUUCCAUGCGCUCUGAUAGCGUGCAUGAUUUUCUUGGUGUUCGUGUUGCCACCGAAAUCUGGAGAAAGAAUAUCAUUGGGUAUCACCGUCAUGUUGUCAAUGGCAAUCUUUCAAGAACUCUCAUCAGAGAAAUUGCCAAGCAGCUCGGACAAUUAUCCCUUGCUUGGCGUGUACUACUCCACAUCAAUGUUUGAGAUUGGAAUCGCGCUAAUCAUGAAUUGCUUUAUUUUGAAUUUGUAUUACCGAAAUUACGAAAUGCCAGUAUGGGUUCGAAGAUUAGUUUUGGGUAAAUUAGCACGAUUGGUACGCGUGCAUGUUCCAGAGGAUCGUGCGUAUGGCUUCUUUGAGAAUAAUAAUAACGAAUUGGCGCAGCAGCUUUCAACACUUCCAGAAAGUGAGAUGAAUUUGAAGAACCACGAUUCCGAGAAUAGCAAUAACGAAUUUUUUCAAAGAUCAAAAAUGUCAAGAGAUGAAUCAACUAUGAAAAAAACACGAACGUCGACAUUUAUGAACAGAAAAAGCACAUUACGUGGUCGUCAAUCAAGCGAAAACAAUCUUUCGUCGCAAAGUUCGUUGCCUCUUAUAGAAGACUUGACACCAGAUGAAAAAAAACAGCUGGGAGAAGACUGGAGAACAGUCGCGCGUGUGGUCGACAGAAUCAUGCUGUUUUUGUCUGUUUCUGUUGGCGUGCUUUCUGCACUGACCAUUUUUAUGCAGGCUAAAAGAUUUCGUGAAAUGUUCGUUGCCUGACAAAUCUUCAGAUGAUUUAAAGAACUUUUAUGAGCCUUUCAAUCGCUGCCAUUUAUCGGACAAUUUUGAAUACAUUGUUGUUGUUAAAAGGGGAACACAUACAAAAACAUCUUAAAUAUUUUAAAAAUGAAAGCAUUCUAUUUAUUAAAGUAUAGAUUUUUUUGCUUUCUGCUGACUGACUGCAGUAUAAUUUUUUGCAAGAAAGAAAAACUUCUUUUACGUUGGACUAGUCUCAAACGUACUAAAUAUAUUGUGUAUAGAAAUGUCACAAUCCGAAAAUUGAGGUCAUAAUUGUCAGAAGGACAAUUUUAUCGUAAUCAUGCAGCAAGUAGCAGGUGAAACUCAAAAAUGCCUCCAAGAAUAAGUCAUGUAAAUUUCAUACAAAUCAUUAAAAUAUACUUAAUGAUAUACUUAGAUUUGGGGAAGCAUACAUUUAUACUUUUUGCAAUUUACACUGUCUCAAAUUUUCUCCUUUUACUUGUGAGGACAAUGUGAUAUAUUUAAAAUAUUUUCAAACUGAUGCAGUCAACGCAGGGACACAUUUGUUUCUUUUUUUAUACUAUCUGUAUGUAAUUUAAAUUGCGCAUUAUUUCUUGUUACACAAA